AUGGCGAAGGUGUUUAGCUACGACGAGGUGUCCAAGCACAACACUCCCGAGAGCUGUUGGGUAGUCCUGUACGGCCAUGUCUACGACGUCACAUCCUUCCUGAACGAGCACCCGGGCGGCGCGAAGAUCAUCCUGCAACUCGCCGGCACCGACGCAACCGAGGAGUACGACCCCAUCCACCCACCCGGCAUCCUCGAAGAAAGCCUCCCCGCCGAAGCGAAGCUAGGCAAACUCGACGAGACCACCAUCCCCAAAAUCGAAUCCGCCCCGGCGGCGCAACAGCAGGAGGCCAAGUCAGCAGCAGUCGGCGGCGAUGCGUCGACGGACGAGCCCGAGGGCCCGCCGGACCUGGACUCGCUGCUCAACCUGGACGACAUCGAGGCGGCGGCGACGAAGCAGAUCAGCGCCAAGGGCUGGGCCUACUACUACUCGGCCAGCGACGACCUCGCGUCGAAGACUUACAACAACACCGUCUACCGGCAGAUCCUGAUGCGGCCGCGCGUCUUCGUCGACUGCACGGCGUGCGACACCUCCACCACGCUGCUCGGCCACAAGGUCGACAUCCCGCUGUACGUCUCGCCGGCCGCCAUGGCGCGCCUGGCGCACCCGGACGGCGAGUGGGGCAUCGCGCAGGCGUGCGCGCGCUUCGGCGCGCUGCAGGUCGUCUCGAACAAUGCGUCGAUGACGCCGGAGCAGGUGGUCGCGGACGCCGCGCCCGGCCAGAUGUUCGGGUGGCAGCUGUACGUGCAGACGGAGCGCAAGAAGAGCGAGGCGAUGCUGGCGCGCAUCGCCAAGCUGCCGGCGUACAAGUUUAUCUGCUUGACGCUCGACGCGCCCGUGCCGGGCAAGCGCGAGCACGACGAGCGGAGCAAAAAUGUCGGGUCGAACUUGCCCGUGCGGUCGUCGGUGCAGGAGGGGUCUGCGAGCAAGCCGCAGAAGAAGGAGGAGAGCGGUGGUAUUGGGAAGAGCUUGUUCCAGGGCACGGCGCCGGAUUUGACGUGGAAGACGACGCUGCCUUGGCUCGCGCAGCACACGCAGCUGCCUAUCGUGCUGAAGGGCAUCCAGACGCAUGAGGAUGCGUACCUGGCGUCGUUGCAUGCGCCGCAGGUUAAGGCUAUUAUUUUGUCUAACCACGGUGGCCGUGCUAUGGACACCGCGCCGCCUGCCGUCCACACGCUGCUCGAGAUCAGGAAGUACUGCCCUGAGGUGUUUGAUAAGAUCGAGGUGUGGGUCGACGGCGGCAUCAAGAGAGGCACGGAUGUCGUCAAGGCGCUGUGUCUGGGCGCGAAGGCGGUGGGUGUCGGCCGUGCGGCAUUGUACGGUCUGGGUGCGGGCGGCAAGGAGGGGGUUGCGAGAGUGUUUGAGAUCAUCAAGGCAGAGACCGAGACCGCGAUGAGGCUACUUGGUGUGGAGAAGGUGGAGGAUUUGGGAAUGCAGCACAUCAACGUACGCGCUGUGGAGCGCGAUCUCUACGACGGCCCUUCGAACCUGGCCAAGCCUGCAUUGUGGGAGAAGGUUAAGGCGAGAUUGUAA